AUGCGUCAAUUUGCGCUGUACUCGAUUCUCCUCUUUGCACUCUCCUUUGCGAGGGCAAAAAACAAGAUUAGCCUGCAAUGGGCCAUUUGCGACUCAACUCCCCAAGAGACGCUCGCCAAGCUCGGCCUCGACCCAACAACACCCCCUUACAAAGAGAACCCGAUCGCAUACUACGACGAAAAGCCUCCGAUCCAUAUAUUCUCGGGCAUGAUGUUUCGAACAAAAACAAAUAAAGGUCGGCCGCUAUCUACCAUCAAAGUCAGCUUCGAUGAAGAGACCGCCAAUGUACCAGACUUUGUGGAAUGCGGAUGGGAUCGCUAUGGCAAAAAUGAUCCCACGUAUAACUGCGAGAAACGAUGUCCUCUGGACCCAGUAUCACCGGAGAACAUCUGGCGAGAGGAGCAGGUACAAUUCGCGGAACGGUAUCAACAUGUAAACUGGAGUGCACUCGUUAAGUACGGGCCUUACCCGGACGGUAAGUGGAAGAUACGAAUUAAUGGCCACAAGGCCAAAUUCGACGACGUGGUGGUUGGGGGGCUGCAUCUUAUGGAGAUUGAAACCAGGGUUCCUGAGAAGAAAGCCCGCAAGUUUAUCAGGGAGACGUGGCAGUAUCUGAGCGAUCGGGGGGUUACGCUUUGCAACCCACAGGAGGGGAAGACCAUGCGGCUAUUUAAAGCGAUGGGAUAUACUAUCAACGAGGAGGGAGAGCUAUAA